AGGAGGGCGCCAGGCGUUGGCUUUUCGCUCCUCCUUCCUGGCAGUUGGCUGAGCGCGGCCUUUAAGUAGGUCGGUGGGCAUCUGGCUCGCGCAAAGGCCGAGCCUGGCCAGGGACGGCAAGAGAAAUUGGGCAGGCCGUGAGAACCUGAGAACUUCACGGUCAGAUGGCUGAUAAAAAGGACAAACCCGGGGAACCGGCAGCAGCAGCCCCAGCAGCCCCAGCAGCACCUGGAGCGCAGGAGGCUGAGAGUAAACGGGAGUACAGGAAAAAGUCAGAGCAGCCCAAAGAUGAAGUGGGAACGAGGAAGGGGUGUCGCCGUUACAGGUGGGAAUUCAAGGACAGCAAUAAAGAGUUCUGGAGUGUGGGGCACGCCGAGGUCAAGCUCAUUAGCUUGGCCUGCCUAAUAGGUUCGCUGGUAAUGUUCACGGGGACCACUGUACACCCCAUCCUGACACUCAUCAUCACCAUGGAGAUAUCCAUCUUCAUCUUCUUCAUCAUUAUCUACACCUUCGCCAUCCAGAGAUACGUGCCCUUCAUCCUGUGGCCCAUUUCUGAUCUUCUCAACGACCUGUUUUGCUGUGGUUUCCUCGUGGGGGGCGCGGUCUUCGCUAUCAGAAGUCGGCAAACAGUGCCACCGAACUACGUUACCGCUGUGGUCCUUAUAGGUGUGGCCGCCCUUUUUGCUUUAGUGGACGUUUGUCUUCAAAAGAAACACUUCAAAGGCAAGAAGGUCAAAAGGAACGUGCUGGUUCCUCCACCACCAAAGGAGCCUGAAAAGCCAAAGCCCGCAGAAAAAACAGAGGAGGCAGGGAAAAAAAAGGAGGCAGCAAAACCAAAGGACCCCAAGGCAAAGCCAGACGCCAAGAAGGGGGAAGCAGACAAGGGCAAGGCAAAGGGAGGCAAGAAGUGAGGCGGAGGCACACGUCACAGGUGGCCGGGCGUCUCACCGCAGAACACGUUCCCACUGUCUGGCCUGUCUUCUCUCUAGAAUGGUCUUCUUAUCCAUUUCAACCACCAUCUCUGAUUGGAAAAGAAAUUUCUUCUUAAAUGGAUUUUGAAAACCUUAAA